UCUGCCUCACCCUAAUUUAUCAGUUCCCACGUUUGUUUCCCAUCGGUACUGUCUGACUGUUACACCUACCAGGAAACUGUUGCGGGAGGAAUACCAAGCACAUUUCCCAGUGAGACAGAUUCUUCUGUCACCCUGUCAGGUGAAGUCCACUGUGAUGGCCAAGCUCCAGGGCUUUGAGUUCUGGAGGACCACCCUGAAGGGGGCACGCUAUGUGGUGGCACCCAUGGUGGACCAGAGUGAGCUGGCCUGGCGCCUGCUGAGCCGUCGGCACGGCGCACAGCUCUGCUACACUCCCAUGCUGCACGCUCAGGUGUUCAUUCGUGAUGCCAACUACAGGAGAGAAAACCUCUACAAUGAAGUUUGUGAGGAGGACAGACCCCUCAUCACACAGUUCUGUGCCAACGACCCAGAGGUGUUUGUCCAGGCUGCUCUGCUGGCCCAGGACUACUGUGAUGCCAUCGACCUUAACCUGGGCUGCCCGCAGAUGAUCGCAAAGAGAGGCCACUAUGGAGUUUUCCUGCAGGACGAAUGGGAGCUCUUGGAGAAAAUGGUCAAGUUAGCCAAUGAGAAGAUCUCAGUGCCCAUCACAUGUAAGAUCCGUGUGUUCAAGGAGGUCGACAAGACAGUCCGCUAUGCUCAGAUGCUGGAGAAAGCUGGAUGUCAGCUGCUCACGGUCCAUGGCCGAACCAAAGACCAGAAAGGAGCCAUGACGGGCAUCGCCAGCUGGGAGCACAUCAAGGCUGUGCGGAAAGCAGUGAAUAUCCCAGUUUUUGCCAAUGGCAACAUUCAUCAUCUGAGCGACGUGGAGCGCUGCAUUCAGGAGACAGGAGUGCAGGGAGUUAUGAGCGCUGAGGGUAACCUUCAUAACCCAGCGCUCUUUGAGGGCCGCAGUCCCCCAGUUUGGGAAAUGGCUGAGGAAUAUCUGGAGGUAGUUAAGGAGCACCCCCCCUGCACCCUGUCCUACGUACGAGCCCACCUCUUCAAGCUCUGGCAUCACACGCUACAGAUCCAUCAGGACCUGAGGGAGGAGCUUGCCAAGGUGAAGAACCUGGAAAGCCUGGCUGAUGUCAGCAAACAGCUGAGACUACGCUGCCAGGAGGAGAUAGCCAAAGGAAAGGAUGUGGAGCAGAAGGAGGGCACUCUGCCCUUCCCUCACUGGAUCUGCCAGCCGUAUGUCAGACCAGUGCCAAAAGAACCUGUUGCCAACGGUAACAGCCAGGGGUCAGAGGUGAAGAAGAAGACAGUGUGUCAGAAGAGGGCAUUAGAGGACUCUGAUGGGACAGGGGAAACUCUCUCCAAAAACAAGCAAAAGAAGAAAUCGCGGAAUCCCAACAAGAACUUCUGUCCCGAACAGAAACCAAAGUACAUCAAGUGUGAGCAGUGUGGAAACCCAAAGGGAAAUAAAUGCGUCUUCAAUCUGUGUCGAGGCUGCUGUAAGAAGAAGGCAUUCAAGGAGGUGGCCGACUGUCCAAGCCACGGGCUGAGGUUCAAGACCAAGGCAGAGAAGCGGAAGGCAGAGGAGGAGGAGGAGGAGAGGAAGGAGGGCUUGGUGGAGGAGAAUGGGCGACCCAGCAGCGGCUCUCAGCCUCUCGCAGUCACAGCCACAGAGCUGCAGGAGCAGCCUCAGGGACAGCGGCUGCUAUGAACAGGACACUGGCUACAUUUACCUGUGCAAGAGCACUGUUGUUGAACCUGGUUUUGGCUAAGUGUGUGUAAAUGUAUGUGAGUUAGAAUAAAUUGGUAAGCUCAUACUCUGUGAGCUUACCAACUUAUUCUCAAUAAUUUCAUUCUCAAUGAUGUCAAAAAUUCAAGUUUUGCACAACUUUUUUGCCCAGCCACGAUUCCAGCCAAUUGGGUCUUUGCUGGGUCAUCACACCUUGACAAAGAGCAGUUUAGUCAAAAUGUUUUCCUUAGCAAAGUUUGGUGGGCAAAAGUAAAGUCUGGCUAAACAAACAUGAUGGUUUAAAGUACUGGCAAUAAGCCGCUCUUGCUCAGUUAAGGAGGAGGGGAGAGUAUGCUGCUAACUAGUUUAUUCACAACAACAGGGAAACUCCAUCACAGAGGUUUGUGUACACAAGUUUACUUGAACAAUUAGAAAAGUCAACUUUGAAACUUGAAAUGUUCCAAACUAGUUUUGAGACUUUCACAAUGUUGUUUUGAAACACUUCAAACCUCCUGCCUCAAUGCAAAUGACAGCAGUUGCCAUUGCACCCAUAAGAUUACAAUGGUCCAUGUUUGUUCUCCUAACUACACAAAUGCUUCCGCACAGCGUGUGAAACAAAACUAUGCAACCAUAUUUCUCUUACUGUGAGCCAGUGAAACAGAAAAUUAAGAGCACUGCUUCAUUCCUUUCAACCACACCAAAUGAAAGUUACAUCAGUUACAACGCAUCAAAAUGUCCACUUUUAAUUCAAAAGAAACACACGCUGUGGUGGUGAUGCUUAAACCUUCAACUGUUUUGAGUGAAAGCUUUGACAAAUCUUAAUAUGCAGCAUUCAAAAACAAAGAUAGAAUUUAUACAUUCAGCGCACAUGCUUGUCUUUUUCCUUUUACUGGCAGAUGCUCCCAUUUUAAAAAAAAAAAAAACUUUUGGAUCACUAGUCCCAGAUUUGCGAAGUUCUACCAAUUAUAAAGCUUUUGUUUUUGCCACCAUGCUUGCCACAUAGAGUAAGACAUGAGUCAUUUGACUGGACUUUGGGAACAGUUCAGUCUUAGGUGUCCAAGUUGGCAUCUCUGUGAGCACACCUUAACCAGAGUUUGGACAACAGCCAGGUUAGUCUGUGCAUGUAAAUGUAGCCAUGUCCAGUCAGUGGACAUCAUCACAUACUGCAGCUGCUACGUAACCUCAUGGACAAGUGGUCAUCCAGGACCAGACCCUGACUGUAUGGGACUGAUGUGGGCAGGACUUCAACAGACCAAUACGGAGAGGGGGGGGUUUGUUAUUUGGCUUUCCAAGAUCAUGGAUAGCCGUCUCCUUCUUUGUGACAAACUUUGGACAUUUCACUAUACUCCCGUCCGAGGAUAAAGUUGACAACUCUUCGCUUUAAUACCAUCUCCCAAGUCAGAGUGUUUCCCAGCUAACUCUGCCUUCCUAUUUUUUUAAGACUUCAAGACUUUUUACGAGGAUUUGUGUUUUGAAAUUCUUUUGGCCAAAAUAAUUUGCUUGAACCACCAAAGUUUUAAAUUUGAGUAAUUGUUACAUGGAUGUAAGACGUGCAUCUAUCUUUAUUUUAUUUUUAUUUUUCUGACUUGUAUUUUUUUUUUUAUAACCUUCAAGUAAGGUCAUGAAUGUGGUUGCAUUUUAAUUUUAUUUGCUUGAGUUUUAUUUAUUUCCAGUUGCGCUGCGGUUUGUUCAUAGUGCAUUGACUUUAAAUGUGCCUUUUGAUGAGAAAUAACCACUGCCUAUCCAGAUAUGGACUUGUGUUCAUGAAAGGGAAAAAGCAAGAUCAAAGUGGUGCUCCUUCUGCUCAGUGGCCAGAGUUUCAACAUCCAGUGUCACCAUAUGUAAAGGGAUAUUUCACCCUUUUUAAAAAUGUGAUAUUAUUUCUCUCCCCCCUAGCUGUUGUAUAGGACAGUAGCACCACUACUGUCCUACAGAACAGUGAGGGAUUUUUUUAAAGGUUGAACUAGCCCUUUAAAUUCAUGUCAGAGCUGCAUUAAGAAGGUCUACAAAUUUGGCUUUUUGACACCUGCUGAUACCCUGGAUUAUUUCAUGUGAUAGUGGUUGCAGACUAAGCAUUGUGGAGGCUCACCACCCUUUCCCUUUCAACCAUUGAUUGAAAAUGGCUGAACUAAACCUUCUGAAUGUGUUACAUGUAUCAUUUUAACAUGGAUCCACCAUUAUCACAUUCAUUUUGAGACAUUAUAAGAGUGAUCAUGAACAAAUGACACCCAUGCUGAGAAGAUCUCCACUGACCUCUGCUCUUACAUCGUGUGCCACCAAUCGUAAGAUGUCAUAAUUAAUUUGACAAUGGUAGAUUAACAGCACCUUUGUGGGAUACAGGAAUAAUGGAUUCUAAUGUGUUAUAAUGUGCGAACCAUAAGCUUGUACACUAUAACAAUUACCAAAAGCUUCUAACAUGUAUCAUGCUCCAUGUCUCUUAAUGAAGUAAAUGGGACUAUAUGUCGCCACAUCCAAAUUUUGUUUUAAUGAACAUUA